ACCUAAAACUUUACACAGAUAAAAACAAUUCUAAUUGUAAUCUCUUCUUUUAGUAGCAAGAUAUUAUGCCGGGAAAUAUAUGCCACUACUACAGAUGUGGGAAGAAGAAAGCUACGGAUGGGGUAAUUUUACAUCAAUUUCCUGUUCAGGAUGUUAUUCGACUGCAACGUUGGAUUAUCAAUUCAGGAAAUGUUAAUUUGCUGAAUCUAGAGAAGUCUAAGUUGGCAAACCGCUUCAUUUGUGGAGAGCAUUUCGCCGAUAAGGACUUCAUGAACGCAAACCAUCUGAAACUUUUGAAAUCUGCCAUCCCUAUUCCAUAUUGUAAUGCUACUGCUCCUUCAGUUGAACGUUGUUCAGAACAAAUACAGAACGCUGCAAGAAUUGAUGAAGAAAUACCUUUUGAAUCAAGGACGAUCAAUCAGGACCGAAGCACUCUGAAAGUUUAUGGUAAACCUUCAUUGAUUCCUUCGCCAAACAGGCCUGUUUCUCCAAAAACACCAACGAAGGAGUUAUUGGAUGAGAUUUCACAAAUGCCCAGCCCCAAUUUUCCAAAACGAAAACUAUUUUCUUCGCUUACACAUCAGAAUGAAAAAGUCAUUACGAAGUUGAUGUCUACCCAACAAAAGCUAAGAAACCACAAAGUUCGUGUUUCAAGAUUGCGCAAAACUAUCAAGACUGCAAGGAAAAUCAAUACAACUGAUGAAAUUUUCCGGAAACAUCAAUUUUCAUCGCUGCAUUCGAGAACCCUUGCCUGUAUGCAACUGAGGAAAACUCGUGCUAGUUGGACAUUAGCAGAGAAAAAUUUUAGUAUUAUGCUGUUUUAUAAAUCGCCGGCAGCAUAUGAUUUUUUGAGAUCUAUCAAAGUUAUCCUUCCCAGCCCUUCAACAAAUUUAGAAGUGGAUCGGACUUCAAAUGGGUAUGCCAGGAUAAAGCGGGGUUCACAUUUGUGCAUUUCCAUGCUGCAACUGUGA